AUGGAUAGAAUAGAAUCAGCAGCAGCCAGGGAGUCGAGUACUGAUUACAAUAAUAACUCGAACUCAGUAGUGGUUCCAGUUGCUCAGAGUCCUCAACCACAAAAUCUCACUCCACCAUCUCCACUUUGGGUACUCAAGGAGCACUACCAAAAAUCUGGAGUACAUAGAAAGGUGGUGGCGGAAGUCAUAGCGACGUAUCUGCUGGUGUUUGUGACGUGUGGUGCGGGUGCAAUCAAUGGAAGUAAUCCACAGAGAGUGUCGCAGCUGGGAGCAUCGGUGGCUGGUGGCCUCAUUGUCACAGUCAUGAUCUACACCGUCGGCCACAUCUCCGGUGCGCACAUGAAUCCCGCAGUCACCCUUGCUUUCACUGCUCUUCGACAUUUUCCAUUGAAAGAGGUUCCGUUGUAUGCAUUAGCUCAAUUUACGGGAGCUAUUGCAGCUUCAUUUACGCUACGAGAAGUUUUACACCCAAUAAAACGUCUUGGCACAACAUCACCAUCUGGGUCAGAUGGCCAAGCCUUAGCAAUGGAAAUUGUUGUCACUUUUGUUAUGAUGUUUGUCACAUCUGCCGUCGCAACCGAUACUAAAGCCGUUGGCGAGCUAGCUGGUAUAGCUGUUGGUUCAUCUGUGUGCAUAACAUCAAUCUUAGCUGGACCAGUAUCAGGUGGAUCGAUGAAUCCAGCAAGAACACUAGGCCCAGCACUUGCCAGUAACUACUACAAAGGUAUUUGGGUGUAUAUGGUGGGACCAUUCAUCGGGACACUGCUCGGUGCUUUGACUUAUAAAGUGAUUAGGGUCAGUGACAGGCCUGCCCAUGCAAUGACGCCCUCCUUUUCAUUCAAAUUUCCACGAAGAAAGAGCAGCAGCCACUUGGACCGAAGAGACUCUCAGAGUUCGGUUUGA